CUGUCUCCUCGGACACUCAUUCGCCCCACCCAGCCCCACAAGCUCCUUUCUGCUAAAUAUCAGCCCCGCCCCCCGUGACCCCACCCACCGGGCGUGGGUGCAACGGGCCAGACUGUGCAGGGGGCACCCAGGAAGGUCCGGGAGCCAGGACUCUGCCCGGUGGCGGCUCGGCGGGAGAUGUUGGCCUGUAGCGUGGGGAGCUGCCUGCUGGCCGUGCUCAGCCUGGUGCUGCUCUGCAUGGCUCUCUUCACCGACUACUGGCUCCUGGCCCUCGGCCCCAGCUCCACGGGCCACAGCGGGCUCUGGCAGGAGUGCGUGGCUGGCGUGUGCGUGAGCCCAGCCCACGCCACCGGGUAUAUACAAGCCACACGGGCCUUCCUGAUCCUGGGCGCGCUGGCCACCGCCGCGUCCGUCCUGUGCCUCCUGCUCUCCCUGACCUCCUGCGUCCACAUCCCCGUGAGCACCAGCCUCCUGGCCUCCAUCGCCGCCUUCACCGCCGGCAGCUGCACCCUGGUGGCCAUGGGCGUUUACACCGGCGAGUCCUGGCACAAGAACCAGGACGGGCAGAUCCAACUGACCUUCGAAUGGUCCUUCUACCUGGGCUGGGCCGCGCUGCCCCUGCUGGCCCUGAGCGGCACCUUCGCCCUCGUGGCCCACCAGCGCCAUGUGGGGUACGAAAGCCUGUGACCGGAGCCCCAGAGAGAUGGGGGGCGGGACGGACCCGCUGUCCCCUGCUGGAGCAGAGCCGGCGCCCCCUACAGGGGAAAGGCCUCGUGCCCCAUUCCCUGCCCCAGCCGGCCCCGCCCUCUGCCGUGGGGCUGGCGGGCGGGCGGUGCCCCAGACGCUCACGUCGGUGGUUUUAGGGUCUGUUCCUCGUUGGGCCUUUUCCUGCUUUGAAAUAAAUCGUCUCUUUGCAUCCGA